AUGUCUUUAGUAUCCAGACCCUCGAAAUUUACCCAAUUCGCCAAUUUCACGCGCACCUCCGCCGGCCUCGAGAAAACCCUCCGUCUGAUUCAGGCCGUCGCGCAGAUCGCCGCCGAGGUGACCAUUGACCGGACGGUCGCAAAGCGAUGGGAUGCCGCGAAGGGACAGCUGGCGUUGACCCGUCGCUUCUUCCGCUUCUUCAACUUCAUCGACUGCUUUGAUCGCGUGUCGAGUCUUCUGGGAGGGAAUGGCUCGAACGAAGGCGUGCUGACGCUGCUGAUUGAGCUUGCACGGUGGACUUGUCUAGGAGGGUAUUUUCUGUUGGAGGAUUUGACUAUCCUCCACGCAAUGAACGUCCACCCCACAACAUGGACAUGGAAUCGCCCCGUGCUCGAAGAAGCCUACAAACUCUGGUUCUAUGCGCUAUCCUUAUCGAUCGUCGGCGCACUCUGGAGUUUACUGUUCGUCGUGGGUACCAACUCCUCCGCGAAGGGUGGCAAGAAAGGCGGGAAGAAAGGAGCGGGAAAGACAGGGGCGGGGAAUCAGGCGUUGCGCAGAACUCUCCUCAAGCGGAUUGUCGUGGAUGGUUGUGAUCUGUUGAUUCCUGGGGUGUUUCUGGGGUGGGUGCAGGUAGGAGAUGCGACUGUUGGGGCCGGGAUGGUGGUCAGUACGCUUGUUGCUGGGGGGGAUAUUUGGGCGAGGGUGAAUGCAUAG